UGCCAAUAGAGCCUAACUAACCUGCACAUUAGUUAUAGAUAUGGAUGUAUUAGAUUUCAUCACAUCGCAAAAGGUCCUUGUUGGAAAACCAAAUGGAUCUGAAUCGCAUAGUGGCGCCGACAGCCAAAAAACAUGCUCAAUCAAACAACGCUGCAAUGAACUGAAAAAUAUCAUACGAACUGAAAAUAGGAAAAGAGAAUCAUGUCCUGAAACCUUGAAAAGCGCAAUCGAUGAACUGCGUAGUCUUCAAAGACAAAGUCAACCUGCAUCAAAAGAUGGAACUACUUCAGUAGUAGGUAACCAAGAAAACAGGAAAAAUAAAAAAGGACCUCGCACAGUUGAUUGGCAUGAUAUCGGUAAAGUGAGGAAAAGCAACGCCGAAAAUCGCAAAUUCGUCUUCUACAUGCCAGCAGGAACCGAAAUGGGAACUGACUUAACACCUGGCUAUAAACGACUGGAAAAAAUCCAAAAAAGAAUGAAUAAAACUACGUUCGGACCGUUGGAUGGACCUACCGUAACCAUCGCAGGGAUACCUCAACCAAUGAAUCGAAUGCAACGCCGACGACAAUAGAUAAAUUAACAACCAACAGA